AUGACAGCCCAAGCUACCCCUGCAAUCAGUAUGCGCAAGGUCCUGAUGCUCACAAAUAUUGAGCACGGCCAAUCCAAUGUCUUUCUCGCAACCGCGCAGGCCAUCCUUGAGGCCGAUCCCGGUGUUGAGAUCCAUUUCGCCACGUUUCGUGGCUUUGAAGGGUCCGUCGCCGAGGUCUCAGAGUAUGCCCGAAGAUCCACACCAAUGGCGAGACCCAUCGUCUACCACGAAAUUCAAGGCAUCUCGGGCCGUCAAGGCCUUCAAAACUAUAUUGAGCGGCACAACAUUCCAGCUCGGGCGGGAUGCUUUCCUGAUUCUGUCUCCACUCCCCUCAGUUUCUCUGCGACUAAGCAGGCCAUCAAGGACUUUCUUCCCGCAUUCAUACCCUACACCGGCCAGGAAUUGGGGGAGAUCGUCACUUCAAUUAUCGGCAUUAUCAAAGAUGUGAAUGCGGACCUUGUGGUGUUGGACCCGCUCAUGACGGCCGGUCUGACAGCUGUGUGGCAUUUGCAGGUCAAGUACAUGGUUCUGAGCCCAAACACCAUCAAGGACUUUGCCGCAUCUGAGCAGCGACGUGGUAUAAGAUUCUGGAAGUAUCCCGCACUGUUUACUGGAUAUUCUUACCCCGUGCCGUGGCACCUCAUCCCUCUCAAUAUCUAUUUCCUGUUCUACAUGGCCUAUCUCUGGAUCACAUCCGGUCAAAGAAAAGAGAUUACCGCUCACUUGAAAGACAACCUCGGCAUCCAUCUCAAGACAGCGAUCGAUCUCCAGCGCAGCAGACCUAACGACCUGAAGAUUGUCGUCGGUUUUCUGCCGGAGCUCGACUUUGAGGGAAUACUGCCUGAUAAUAUCCUACCUUGUGGGCCCAUCCUUCGAAGCGCGUCGCCAAUCGAGGAAUCGCACCCUGAGCUGGAGAAAUGGCUAGCCCAAGGCCCGACUGUGUACAUCAACCUUGGUUCCAUGUGUCAGAUUGACGAGCAGCAAAUGAUUGAAAUGGCAUGUGCUAUCAAGAAAGUCAUGGAAGAGACUCAGAUGUCAUCGAAACGCCCCCUUCAAGUGUUGUGGAAGUUAAAAACUCACAAGGGCAUCAAUGCACAGAGGAGUGCCAAGAUGAUGGACAUUCUUGGGCAAGAUAUUGUUAAAGAUAAAGUUAGAAUCGUUGACUGGGUCGCCGCUGAGCCCAUUUCGAUUCUACAAACAGGCAAUGUCGUAUGUGCGGUGCACCAUGGAGGCGCUAACUCAUUCAACGAAGCAGUUAUCACUGCGACCCCUCAAGUCGUCCUUCCCCAAUGGACAGACUGCUAUGACUUUGCCCAACGUGUCGAGAUGCUCGGCAUUGGGCGACUUGGGAGCAGGAAAACGAAGCCCAGGUGGACAGCCAAGGACCUCAGCCAGGCAUUGACUGAUGUCAUCAUGGGGAAAGAUUCCGAGGCAAUCAAGAAAAAGGCAGAAGAUUUGGCGAGGUUGUGCAGGGAUGCUGGGGAAGGCAGAGAAGUCGCAGCCAAAUUCAUCCUGGAAGAGAUGGCGGCUAAGGAUGACCUGUUGGUGUUUGCCUAG